AUUGGCCUCUGAUCUUCUCCUUUCCGGAACCUCCUCCUUCCCCACACCCACUCUCUAGCCUCACCAUUUUCCUCCACAAAACAAAACUUUGGUGCCUAAACUUGCAUCUUUUUCACCAAAUAAUUCUGUCAAAAUCUCUUUUGCUGGAAAAUUUCUUCAUCCUCAACAUUUCCCCAUACCAUUUUCAAUUUUCCAGUCUCCCAAUCCAAAGUUCUUCAUUUCAUUCAUUCCGGGCUUGCUUGCAUCAACCCUAGCUUCUUCAUUCCGAGGAAACGUACAAAGGAAUCUGUGGCGUCGAUCGGUUCUGUUUCAAUUCGUCCAUGUUUGGUUCAUAUAUGCGUGUUAUUAGAAUGUUGAUGAAAAGGGGGAAACCUUGAAGAUCCAUAAAAAUGGCGGAUAGUAAAUUAGGCGGCGGAGACGAUGCGAUUACGAGCAAAAACCCUCAGAGCAGCGUGACGUGCGUGUACCAAACGCACAUAGGCGGUUAUUGGCGGAACGUAACGGUGAUAUGGAGCAAGAACAUGAUGAACCACAGCCUGAGCAUAACGGUGGACAGCGUGGAGAGUGACGACCACGCGACCUGCAAAAUCGACCUAAAACCUUGGCAUUUCUGGGCGAAGAAGGGGUACAAGACGUUCGAGGUGGACGGGAACCAGCUGGAGACGUACUGGGAUCUCCGGUCGGCGAAAUUCUCCGGCAGCCCCGAGCCGGGCGGCGAUUUCUACGUGGCGCUGGUGUCGGAGGAGGAGGUGGUUAUGCUGUUAGGAGACUACAAGAAAAAAGCGUUCAAACGGACCAAAGCGCGCCCGGCUUUAGUGGAAGCGGUUCAGUUUUAUAAAAAAGAACACGUGUCCGGGAAGAAAAGUUUCUCCACGCGCGCGAAAUUGGACCAUAGAAUGAAGGAGAGCGAGAUCGUGGUGGAGAGCUCGACGACGGGGCUAAAGGAGCCGGAGAUGUGGAUUAGCAUCGACGGGAUUGUGCUGAUUCACGUCAAGAAUUUGCAGUGGAAGUUCCGGGGGAAUCAGACCGUGCUGGUUAACAAAUUGCCGGUUCAGGUUUACUGGGACGUGCAUAAUUGGCUGUUUUGUCUGCCGGGCGGGACGGAUCACGGGCUGUUUAUAUUCAAGCCGGAGGGGGCGACGGACGGGGAGAGUGACUUCGAGGAGAGCGGCAGCGUCGGCGGCGACAGCGAGUGCAGCACGGAUAGCAGGUAUUACUCCACGCAGAGCCACGCCUCCGCCACGCCGUUUUGCCUUUUCUUGUAUGCGUGGAAGCUUGAGUGAGCUGAUCGAGGGAGAUAGGGAGGGAGAUCAUCGGAAAAUUGUGAUCCCUACAAUUUUCCGGCGACCGCCGGUUUUUAUGAACAUAAGCCUCCGAAUUCUUCUCAAUUUGUAAAUCAUGUAUAUAUUCUUUAAAAAUUUAAAUUUAUAGACAAAACUUGAUAAUUUUAUCACA